CAUGUCGCUCAGUGUCAGGUAGCGUUGAAGUUCAUAUGGAAUUAUACAUUUUGAUAUGAACAAGUCGCACCUGAGUAUGAGCCACAGGAACCACGAAACUUUGAAAAACAAAAACGCCAUUUAUAAUCUGGAAAAUGCGGACGUCAGAUCCACAAGUCUGGGGGUGCCAGGGCCUUGCUGCACGCCAUCUCAGACCCUGAAACCAAACUUCUGUUUUGAGGACACCUGUUUAUGUGCGUCCCACUUCACCUUGGACACAUUGAGGAAGCUUUGCUGAGUCACCGUCCCAUUCCUGUGCUUCACUGGUGGCUCCAGUUUGGACUCGUGAGAAAGGGACAACUGGAUCUUCAUUUUCCUGCAUUUUCCAUCCCAAAUUCUCCACUCAAACCUGAGCAUCCAGACACACCUCUUCAUGUCUUCAUGAAUUUUCUUCAUUGUCUUCCUGGGCCCCAUACAGUUUCUUGGCUUCUGCUGAGGCCUGAGCUGGGAACAAGGCGUGACUCUGCACCGGAGUGAGGUAGUUGUGACCUCGCUCUUCGUCCUCCUCCGUUUCCAUGAUCUGAUCGCUCCUGGAUCGAGCACCAGCUCCACCGCAGCUGCCACCUCGGGACAUCAUGGACCUUCUAGAGCUGGACUUCCCACCGUGAGCGUGGGCUGACAUCGGCAGGUCGGAGCCCAUCCUGUAGCAGUGCCACAGGAAGAGGAGCAGCAGAGUCCAGAGAACACUGCUGAGGGACUGGACGCCCAGCUCCAGGUACGGAGGUAGGACCAGACCGCUCGUCCACCAGUCCAUCUUCAGACCUCAGCACCGCUGAAGCACAAGCCAUCAAACACAUUAAAUCAUCAGACAGGACAUGGGGGGAAAAAGGGUCUUUGUUGGAAGCUUGUGUUCAGCAAAGGCGACAUCUAGUGGUGCUACAAUCCUAUUCCUGAAGGCAAAUCUUUUUUAUGCAUCAUUAGCUACAUAUUUAAUGUGAUUUUCUGAUUAUGAUAUGUGCUGAAUUUACCGCUGACUCAUGGCAAUUACUCUCAUCACUCUCAUACCAGACCGUGAGGGUCAUGGAGUACUCAAGUCAAUCCCAGCUUUGGAGGAAAUGAGUCAAAACACAACAGAGAGCACUGACCUACUGGCCCACCUGUUCCUGUUGGUGGCUUCUUACAUAAGGGCUUUGUCAGAAAAAAGAUCAAGUUAACAGGGAUGGCUCAGAUUAACAUGUUCCUUCUAACUCAAUCUGUUUUAAAACACAUAGCUGAGAUGGUUAGGACAAUGUUUUCGUCUUUGGCUGCAGCUACCAGAGACUCAGAAUCCGAACUAUUGACAUUCGUGCAAUGCUGAUGCUCUAAUGGAUAUUUUGGAUUAAAUAAUAAAUUAGGGUUAGAAAUAAUUAAAUGUGGACUUACUUAAAUAUGCGAGAGAAAAAAAAUAGAUAAAAAUACAAAUAUAUAAAUAAAAGGAAGCGUGAUUAUAAGGGAGUGAGUGAGUAUAAGGAUUAAUUUAACUUGAUUAAUUUAAACUAUAUACAUGAAGAACGAGGCCACAAUCUUUCACGCUAUUUUUUUGUGUGUGUGACGUCGGUUGAAUCGCUGAUUCAAAAGUCCCAGUUGGCCGGGAAAGUAAAGCGAUGGAAACUGAAAGGCGAAGCAAAAGUGCGGCACCAAUCCUCGGGUCAGAUUUUGGGCGAGUUCACGUCUCUCCAUCUUGUUGGGCUCUGCGUCAGCUCGUCACCAAAACCUCGGAGUGAUCCACGUCUACAACAACGCCUGAAAUAAAUGCUUUGAAAGCGGUCGAGCCUCAACAUUGCUGACGUCUUACUGAAGGGCAGGCAGGAUGGAAAACACGUCGUCUUCGAAAUUACCUUGACGGACUCGGUCCAGCUGCGGUUGCGACGCUGCUCCUCCGCCGCUCAUGGGUCGCUCGAGAACGAGUCGGCUGCCAGUAACGGAUCCGUGAACUGAACCGGGAGAGUCGGUUCCUCUAAUUAAAGCGCGAUAAAAUGCGAGUGUACAUCAUUCGUUCUCAAUUGUUUGUGUAUUUAAUAAAGAUACUGAUGCAUGUUUUUGCACGUAUAGACCAUUUAAUGCGUAGAAAUUGGUCAUGUCGCGGUGAUCUGAUUCCCAAUCCCAAAUCCUAAUUCCCACAUCAGCUGUUCGGCCCACGUCAGUCCUCAGCGCUCCCAUCACAAAUGCAGUUCCGUUGCAGGCCGCUAGGGCGCGCUUGACUCUCCCGCUCGGAUGCCCUCACACCAGCGCUGAAUGCGUCAGUAAUCAGAACCACACCAGCACCGACCCGCCGCCUCACCGGGCCCGAAGCAACAGGAUACAGUCCGGAUCGACAGUGGACGCUGCCUGCAGGAGGAAGGUCUGUCAAUUCCAGAAUCAUGGGGCUCGCACGCCUCUCCUUGGUGCUGUCCGUCACCUUCAUCCACCUGGUUUCAGGUAUGCGCUUCAUGAUUCCAGAGUCUAACCCGACUCCAACAGCCCCCCCUGACUCCUAUCCUCAAGGAACCACCACCAACCCGACUCAGGCCGUGCCCGGGUUCAGACAGGCCGAGUCGACGGCGUCUCUUCUCUCGCCGGGACUGCUCACCACAGCGUUUGGCUCUUCAUCUGCGGCCCGUCGGCCUGGACCCAGGAACACCAUGACCUCGCUGCCCUUGGAGGAGGAGACCACCACCACUCUGAUCACCACCACCACCAUCACCACCAUGCACAUGCCGGUACAAUGUAACGCGACCUUGUCAGCGAUGGAAGAUGUUGUUGAGUCACCAGAUUCUGCCUCGUCCUCAUCCCCACUUUCCCCGCUGGAGUGCACGUACAGCGUCACCGUCUAUGCUGGUUAUGGGGUGGAGAUCCAGGUGAGGAAGGUGAAUCUGUCAAAGGAAGAGUCUCUCACAGUCAUGGGACUUGGACGCUCUGGUCCGGAACUGUUGGCCAACGAAACUCUGAUGAGAGAGGGUCAGGUGAUCCGCAGCACCUCCAAUCAGGUGUAUAUCUACUAUCGCAGUCUGCGGCAGAGCAACCAUGGAACCUUCAGCCUGCACUACCAAGCUUUUCUGCUGUCCUGCACUUUCCCGCGCUCCCCUGACAACGGCGGCGUGACAGUGACAGACAUCCACCCCGGAGGUCAGGCUCACUUCCACUGUGAUCCUGGUUUUCAAGUCCGCGGUCACGAGGUCGCGACGUGCGUCAACACAACGCAACCCCACUGGAGCACAUCGGAGCCGCAGUGCGUCGCGGUGUCUUGCGGAGGGUGGGUACGGAACGCAACGGUGGGCCGGAUCCUCUCUCCCCCGCCGCCGUCUGUUAGCAACCACAGUAACGGGAACAACCUGAGCUGCCACUGGUUGAUCGAAUCCAAAGAGGGCCACCGGCUGCACCUGCACUUUGAGAGAAUUGCGCUGGACGAAGACGAUGAUAAGCUGAUGGUGCGCAGCGGCAACAGCUCCUUGUCCCCCCUCCUCUUUGACUCGGACCUGGACGACGUUCCAGAGCGUGGGCUGUUGAGUGAGAGCUCCUCUCUUUACCUGGAGCUCACUGCCGACUCGUCUUCCAUCCCUCUGCUGCUGGCGCUGCGAUAUGAGGCGUUCGACGACGAGCACUGCUGGGAGCCGUACAUGCCGCACGGAAACUUCAGCAGCAGCGACAUCUCGUACCAACUAGGUACCGUGGUCACCUUCAACUGCUCCCCAGGCUUCGUGAUGGAACAAGGCUCAGGAACCAUCGAGUGCAUCGACCCCAGCAAUCCUCACUGGAACGACAGUGAGCCGGUGUGCAAGGCUCUGUGUGGAGGUGAACUGACUGAGCCCUCCGGCACCAUCCUCUCGCCUGACUGGCCGCAGAGCUACUCUAAAGGACUGGACUGUGUGUGGCAGAUUCAUGGGAACGAGGAGAAGCGCAUCGAGCUUGAUGUCCACAUAUUAAACAUCCGCCACACUGACGUGCUGACGGUUUUCGACGGCCGGGACUUGACGUCUCACGUGAUCGGCCAGUACUUGGGCUCCAAAGAGCGCUUCCAGGUGGUGUCCGGAGGGUCGGAGGUCACCAUCCAGUUCCAGAGUGACCCGGAAGAUUCCAGUUUCAUCCUGAGUCAGGGAUUCCUGAUCCAUUAUCGCGAGGUGGAGCCCAACGACACCUGCCCCACGCUGCCCAAGAUCGAGUUCGGGUGGAUCAGUUCGUCUCACUCCUCGCUGGUGAGAGGCAGCGUGCUGACCUACCAAUGCCAGCCUGGGUAUGACAUCAGCGGCUCUGACAUCAUCACCUGCCAGUGGGACCUUUCCUGGAGCAGCAGCCCCCCCACCUGUGUCAAAGUCCAGCAGUGUCCAGAUCCAGGAGAGGUGGUGAACGGCGCACGCUACGUGCGACCUGAAGGCGGGUUUGCAGUGGGAACCGUGGUUUGCUUCUCGUGCAACCAGGGCUACCAACUGGAAGGUCCCAGCCAGAUCUCCUGCCACGGACGAGACACAGGAACCCCGAAGUGGAGCGACCGCAGCCCCAAAUGUGUCUUGAAAUACGACCCCUGCCCGAACCCCGGCGUUCCCGACAACGGCUACCAAACACUGUACAAGCACAACUACCAGGCUGGAGAGACACUGCGCUUCUUCUGCUACGAGGGCUACGAGCUGAUCGGGGAGGUCAUCAUCAACUGUAUCCCCGGACAUCCGUCUCAGUGGAGCAGCCCCCCGCCCUUCUGCAAAGUUGCGUAUGAGGAACUUCUGGAAGACCACCAGUUAAAAGUGUCCCAGACCUUCGAGCCGUCCCACCAGAUCCUGAGCGAGAACAUUGCUCUGGCAAUAAUUCUGCCCAUCAUCCUGGUCAUCCUGCUGAUCGGAGGGAUCUACAUGUACUACACCAACAUCUGCAGACUAGAGUGGAAGCCACUCUUCUGGAAGACUCUCUCUCACACACACUCAUACAGCCCCAUCACCGUCGAAUCAGAUUUCAACAACCCCCUUUAUGAGGCAGGGGAUACACGGGAGUAUGAAGUUUCCAUUUAAAAACAUGAGCAUAUGUAUUUGAAUUGCUAUUUUAAAGCCUCAGUCCCCUUUUCAUAUUCAAGUUAAACCAACUUUAUCGAUAUCACUAGUUCUCACGUCCGUUAUAAACAUGCUUAAAUAUAUUUAAUUGAAAUACAACACACUUUAAAUAUCCCAUUAUUCGGACUGGUGCCUUGACAAUGUACGGAAAUUGAAAAUAUUGUGAGAAAAAAAUAUAUUAAGGCUAAAAGCAAAUGUUUUGUAACAAUCAGAAUGACAGUUAUAAGCUCACAGUACAUGUUGAAUGUUUUCCUUUAAGUCGUGUGGCCAAUGUGACGUUUAAGAAAUAAGGUAAAGGGCAGAAGAGUUCCAUCAAAACCAUGUUGUUUUCUCACUUUGUCUCUGUGUUACACACACACACACACACACACAAAUUGAAUGUAAA